UGCUAGUUGUGUCCAGAGAUUGCUCUGGUGAAUCCUGUCUAAUCUCCGCACCCCCAGCCUGUAGGGGGGUGCAAUCUGCCUCUCAGAAGAGAGAGGAGAUCUUGCUUCAGACGGAAGGGAAACUCUUUCCGAAGAAAUUUGCCCCUUCGACAGUCAUUUCACCGAGAAAAGACGGACCGCAUAGCGGAAGUAAGCAGCGCCAUGGCAAACCGCUCUAACCGCACAGAGACACUUGCAAACGAUGAGAAACGAAGAAACUACAAAGCGGUUUAGAGAAUCUUCAUACUUCACACAAAGCUAACCAAAAAAGAAAUAAACGAAUAAAUACCUUCAACUGGAGCUUGCGCAGGGCUUGGUGCGUAACUGAAAGAAAGAGAGCGAAAGGCAGCGCUUGAUCGCUGCGGUCUCGCCACCAGUGCCGCAUCCUAUAGAAAGACAUCCAAGCUGCCGGUUGGACAUUCUGCCCAUGAGAGACGACUGGUGAGUGAAUGUAGACUUUUGUUGUGGGGCUUGGGGAAUUGAGGUGCAAGAAUAGAAAGAAAGAAAUCGGUGGGACGCGGUAGAAAGCAGAGAAUACACGGUCCCUUUAAGAAAGCUCUCUAAGACUGCUUCCCCAGAAUUCACCUCAACUUCGCGCCCCGGAAGUAUCCCCAAACCAGCCAUUCAGCUAAAGGGCAUAAACGGAAGAAAAACAAACGAAACGCAUACGUAAUAAAUAAGCGAUUAUAAUACUGACGGAGGAUAAAUACCGGAACCAAAUUAACAAUACAGCGGAAAGGAGAACAACGAAGUGAGUUGGUGAACAGAAGGAGAAAUUAACGACGCCAAAUAUACAAAACCCACAGACUUUUAAAAGGGAAAAUAAUGACGACUAGGAAAGCUGCAGCAGCCGAUAAUAAGAGCAUCAAGGUAAUGCUGAACCAAAGCACUGCAACACCUGAAAAACCAGCAGAAUAUGACCCCAAAUUGGGACAAAUGAUGGAAAUAAUGAUGAACUCACAAAACGAAAUUAAAGAACAUUUGGGUCUGCUGAGACAAGAGAUGACCGAGAUAAAGAAGGAAAUGACCCAAUUUAAAAAAAUAGACGAUACUUUGAAGCAGAUUAAAUCAACACUAAAUGAGAAUGCAGAGCAUAUCAACGAAGUAGAGGAUAAAUUGGAAACCUUGAAGGACCAGUUUACAAACCAGAUGGAUGGCAUGGCAAUGCUAGAACUACGACAAAAAGAAACAUUCUUACGUAUAAGAGGCCUGCCAGAAGAAGAAAAAGAAAAUCUAUUGGAACGCCUAUUGCCAAUGCUAAGCCAGAUUUGGAAUAUGGAAGAGGGAACAGCUGCAAGAGAAAUUGAUAGACUGUAUCGGGCAAACUCAAAAAUUGCUAGAGACAAAAAACUCCCGAGAGACAUUGUGAUUAAAUUUGUAAGAAAAAAUCUGCGAGAUCAAAUAUUAUACAAUCACUCCAAAUCUAAAUUGUGCAUAGAUGGCAAUCCACUAAUAAUCCUGAAGGAGAUUCCUACAGCAAUACGAAGGAAGAGGAAAGAUUAUAUGGGACUGGCAGACACUCUACGUAUGAACAACAUCCGAUUCAGGUGGAAUCUGCCAGAAGGACUCUCCUUCUCUUUUGAAGAGAGAAACUACAAUAUAAACAACGUACCCAAAGCCCAGGAAUUUCUAUCCAAAAACAAGAUAAGCCUGAAACUUGUUUAAUGCAGCUCGACUUGUCUUUGCCAAACAAUGGAAACUAAGUAACACUCCAACAAUGGACGAAUGGAAAUCAAGAGUGCAACAGCUCUAUGUAAUGGACAAACAAGCUCACCAAGUGAAACAGUUGCCAGCUGAAGUAUACAGAAAAAACUGGCAACCAUGGACAAACUUUAUUGCCAAAGAAAACAAUGUCACCAUUCUCCCAGUUGAUUAUUGAAGACGAUUAUAUAAUUUCUUAUAUUAAUUUUAAGGUAAUUACGACAAGAGGUUAUAUAUGUUAUGAUGAUAAUAACAUAAAUGAAAUAUAUAAAGUUGGUUGGUAACUAACAACCAAAUAUAGACAAUAAAUAUAACCUUGAAAAGGUCUUAUUGAUACACAAAUGGUUAGCUUAUAUAUGUUAGCAAAUAGAAAUCAAAGUUGAAGAUGAAGCCCUAUAAAUAAGAAUGUUUAGACAAAAAAGGACAGGAAACACAAUAAUGUGUCUCUUGCUACCUCUAUCUUUUAACUCACUAUCUUUGCUCUUUACUUUCUCUUAAACUCAUACUUUAUUAAGGCAAACUUUAUAAUAGAUCCUUUUCCCCCCUUUCUUUUCUUCUUUCUCUUUUAAUUUCUAUUCGGGUAAUUCUGUACGACUAGGAAGAAAUUCUGUAAUUAUGUUUUGUUGGUAAAACUGUAAUUGAAUUACCUAUUUUAACAAUUCUAACUAUCUUUUUCUUUUCUGUAACUGUUGUUGAAAUUAA